UUCACUUGACGGACUGCAUGUUCUUCAUGCCCGUCAAAUUGUCCUUUAGAUACCCAGUCCAUGGAAAUUAAACAUAAAACAUUUACAUUUCUAUAGAUGAUCUAUAUUGCAAAAUGACAUCUAGAGGCACCCCGAGUCGGUUCCUACAAAGUGUUCUGCAAAACGGGGUGGGUCGAUAUGUCUGUCAACUGAAGCGCAUUUCCCUCAUCUUCUCCAAGAAUGGACAGAGCUCUCUGGGAGCCAGGGAAUUCAUCGAAGAAGGAGUGGUGGAUUUUGCCAUAAAGAACCCUGGAACCGUUGUCUACGUUUCUCCUCAGUCCUGCAGGAUCCCUAAAAUUGUUGCAGAAUACUUAAACGGCAAUGUGAAGGAGGAAGCCAUCACAAGCAAGACGUCUCAACAGAUCGCAGAGCUAAUAACCAAACUGACCAACCAGUCUGGCCUAGAUAUCAUCCGUAUCCGCAAGCCCAUUCACACAGACAGCCCCAGCAUCCAGGGCCAAUGGCAUCCCUUCACCAACCGACCCCCGUCCAUUGGACCAAUCGGACCCCAGAAACAGCAGGCCAACGAAAGACUUUGUGAAACCUCAUAAUAUGGACAGUAUUUUUGUCUGUUGUUGUCCACUCUCCACAGAACUGUCCAGAGCAACUCCAUGGCAGAUAAGCUAUUGUGUUUCUGAAACACCUGAAUCACCAGAUAUCUGUUAUAGCAUAUCUGCCCAUCUCAUUUGAAUGAAUUUUGCACAGUUGUGUCAGAGGCUUGUCAACUGGUAUUAGUGGAGCGCAUACAGAACAGUUUGUGUGUCCAAACCAGUAUUUCAAACUGCUCACUGCAGCUGCGCUUUACGAAUAGAAUAAAGUGGUCAAUGUUUUUGA